AUGUAUCGCAGCGCCGUCCGCUCGACGCCCCGCGCCUUGAGCGCCGCCCGCCAAUCCGCAAUUCGCGCAGCCCCUCGCCGAUUCGCCUCGACAGCACCCGCCGACAAGCCCCGGACAUGGAAGAGCUCGGCGUUGAGAUGGGGUGCCGCCUUUGGUGCGCUCUACUGGUACAACACCAGCCCAGUAUUCGCCGAGGAGCCCGUCGCCCGCACGAUUCCCGCGCCCUCCCAGUUUUCCGAUGCCGACCUGACCACCGUUGACGCCAUCGUCGAAGAGAAGCGCAAGCGCGCGAUUGUAAAGGCAGAGCAGCCCAAGCCCGCUCCUGCGGCCGACAACGCACAGGCGAUUCAGACCGAGGGCGAGCCGGCGCCCGGUUCUCCCGAGGCCCUGGAGGCGGAGGCCGACCAGCAGGGUGCUUUCAACCCCGAGACGGGCGAGAUCAACUGGGACUGCCCGUGCCUCGGCGGCAUGGCUGACGGACCUUGCGGCGAAGAGUUCAAGGCUGCCUUCAGCUGCUUCGUCUACUCCAAGGAGGAGCCCAAGGGCAUGGACUGCAUUGAGAAGUUCCAGGGAAUGCAAACAUGUUUCCGCAAGUACCCCGACGUCUACGGUGCUGAGCUUGCCGACGACGAGGAGGGCCCCGCCCCCGACGAUGCCCAGCCCACUCUCGAUGCCAACGCCGAUGCUUCCAUCCCGCCCGCCGCCGAAGAGAAGAAGGAGGCUCCCAAGGAGGCCAAGCAGGAAGCACCCAAGGAGACGAAGACCGAGGCCCCCAAGGCCGAGACCAAGAGCGACUCCGAGAUCAAGAAGGUCGAGAUCAAGGCCGAGCCCGAGAAGAAGGAGACGGAGAAGAAGACCAAGCCCAAGAAGGCUGUCAAGGUUUCCUUGUUGCCGUCAAGCGACUUCUCGUGUGUACUAACGAAUAAUGCAGUGUCGUACGCCGCCGCCGCAGCCAAGGGCCCCAAGCAGACUCCCGAGGAGGCUGCCGCCCCUCAGCCCCCCGAAGUCGCCGUCACCGACUCCGCCGCCUCCACCUCCUCCCUCGUCGACGUCGACAUGCCGAGCGUACACACCGUCCCCAACGACUUCCUCGAGCAGGAGAUCCAGACCGAGACCCAGGCCGACCGCCGUGACCGCGAGGAGAAGGCCCGCGCCGAGGCCGACCUCGCCAAAAAGAAGGCCGCCAGCAAGGCCCGCAGGGCCGACUCCUGGUUGAAGCGCCAGUUCGCCAGCCUCAGCGACGGCAGCGCCAGCGCCCUCGUCGUCUCCAACCUCGUCGGCGUCGUCGGCCUGAGCGCGUUCCUCGGAUACAAGGCCUGGGGUCUCUACGAGCGCGGCCGUUUGUCGUGGCAGAGCGUCGGUCUCGGCCUGGGCAUCUUGGGUGUUGUCGGUCUUGGCGAGGGCGUUCUCGGAAACUACCUCUACAAGACCAAGGGCAAGAAAUGA